AUGGCAACGGACGUCUCGGAGAUGAUUGCCAAUCAGGAGUCUAUCUUCGUAACUCUAAAACAACUAUGUUCCAACUACAAGAAAGAUAGUCCCUCAAGGAAGACUCUGACGUACCUGGAGGAACAUCUUAAGCGUCUAAACUCUAACUGGGAGAAGUUUGUCAGUAACCACAUGGAUUUAGUGAAAUCUGGAAAAACGGACACCGAAUACUUUAGAGAUGAUGUAUACGCGAAAAUGAAAACUUUAUACGAAGAAGUGUUACAAGACAUGCUUCAACGGAAGUCCGCGUUGACUUCUAAACCAACAAAUCUUUUUAUUGAGAGCGUACACAUCAACCCUCUCCUCUCUAAUGCACAAAAAAUGCAACACCUUAAGUCCAAGCUUAAGGAUGAGGCUGAGAGAAUAGUAUCUCAUCUCAGAGUGAGCGCCGAGAACUACACUUCAUGCUGGGAACUGCUUACAAACAGAUACGACAAUCAGAGCCUACUUUUUAACUCUUACAUGAACACGCUCUUCAACCAUCCCGCUCUACAACAGGAGUCCGCCGUGGGCCUUAGAAAACUCCAUGAUAUGCAUGAGGCGGAAACUGAACAUCUAACGAAUAGAAAUAAUUCUAACCAACUUCCUCUAACUUCAAGCUCACAUGCCGUCAACAACAUAACUGACGUUAACAAAGAGGUUUUACUGACGACUAUACAACUACGAGUAAAAACUAUAGAUGGAAACUAUGUAACACUUCGAGGCCUACUUGACCAGGGCUCACAAGUAAGCCUAAUUACUGAGGAUGCUGCACAGCGACUCAGGUUAAAACGUAAAAAACUGAGUGCGGUCGUAUCUGGAAUCGGAUCGCUGUCGGGAAACUGUAAGGGAGCGGUGAACUUAGAAUGCAAGUCUAUCCAUACUGACUACACGCUCCACAUCGAAGCUUUAGUAUUGAAGAAACUAAUAAACAACUUACCAAGCACUACAUUUUCCCUGGACAACUGGCAUUACCUGGAAAACUUAAAACUCGCCGACCCUAACUUCAACACCUCGGGCCCAGUUGAUCUGUUGCUGGGUGCCGACAUCUACUCAGACAUCAUACUCGAUGGUGUGAUGAGAAACGAUAACUUACCAGUAGCGCAGCAAACGAAGGUGGGUUGGAUUAUCAGCGGCAGAGUGAAAACGUUCAACUGUCUCGUUAUACACAACGACCUGCAAAACAUGACGCGCUUUUGGGAGUCGGAAGAGAUAACGCCUAACUCAACCGACAUAAACAAACAGGACUUCUGUGAAGAAAUGUACACUAAAACUACAACUAGAUUACCAGACGGGAAGUACGUGGUCCAGAUGCCUAUGCAGCCAGGCUAUGAACAUAACUUACCAACAACUCGACCUCAGGCCCUGUCGCAGUUCAUGCAACUGGAACGAAAGAUGGAGAAAAACAACGAGUAUAGCAAGGAGUAUAAUCGUUUCAUGAACGAAUACAUUGCGAUGGGACACAUGAAACCUAUAACUAAACAAACUAAACAGAAACAACAACUAUACUUACCUCACCAUGGUGUACUCAGGUUAGAGUCACUAACGACUAAACUACGAGUGGUCUAUAAUGCCUCCUACAAAACAAGAAAUAAUCAGAGUCUCAACGACUUAAUGUACACGGGACCUAAUCUGCAGAAGGAUAUGUUAACACUCCUUAUCAACUGGCGAACAUACAAGUACGUUUUCACUGCUGACGUGGAGAAAAUGUACAGGCAGAUUUGGCUUGAUGAAAACCAGCAACAUCUACAAACAGUAUUCUGGAGAGGGUCACGCGCCGAACCUUUGCAAGAAUGGCAACUUUGUACUGUGACGUACGGAACAAAGGCUGCACCGUAUCUUGCAAUGCGGACCAUGCACCAACUCGGUCAAGAUGAACAACUUAACUACCCGGUGGCGGCAGAAGUACUUAAAAACUACUUUUACAUGGACGACUUAGUCUAUGGACAAGACACGAUCGAAUCGUCUAAACAGCUUAUUAGCGAACUUAUUAAACUACUGGAAAAAGGAGGUUUCAACUUACGUAAAUGGAACAGCAACGAGCCAACCAUUUUGGAUGACUUACGAGAUGACCAGCGCUGUAGUAAGACGACUAUCGACUUCAGCUCUGAACAAACUCCAAGCUCGAAGACACUCGGAAUGCGCUGGAACCCGGCCGCCGACACUUUUACCUACAAUUGGAACUUACCGGCAAAAGAUAAUUUAACGAAACGUAACUUACUAGCACAGAUAAGCAAACUCUAUGACCCACUCGGAUGGCUGUCACCCACAACCAUCAAAGCGAAAUUACUCUUUCAAAAGAUGUGGAUGAGUAAAAACGAGUGGGACGAACCAGUAUCUGCUGCAGUAGUAAAGGAAUGGGAGGACAUACGACAAGACCUACACAACGUAAACAAACUUACUAUACCCCGAUGGUUAAAUUGCACUACAAACAAACUUGAAAUACACGGAUACUGCGAUGCAAGCGAAAAGGCGUACGCUUGCGUCCUGUAUAGUCGAGUGCAAUCUGAUGGCGGCUGUUACAUCACUACAUUAAUUACAGCCAAAACAAAGGUCGCACCGCUGAACAAGAAAGUAACAUUGCCUCGAAUGGAACUAUGCGGGGCCCUUUUAUUGGCCAAACUGGUUGAUAAACUGAAAACUAUCAUAACUAGCAAAGAACUGCAAAUAAACUGCUGGAGCGAUUCCAAAGUAGUCCUGGCGUGGCUACAGGGCAAUGUACAACGAUGGGAGCGCUACGUCGCUAACAGAGUGACACAAAUAAACAAUGUAAUUCCUCCCACACAGUGGCGCUACGUAAAGUCGGAAGAAAACCCCGCUGACUGUGCCACUAGAGGUCUCACACCAUCCCAACUUGUAACAUUUAACUUAUGGUGGGAGGGACCCCAACAGCUAAAAACCGAAAAGUUUGUAAACAACAACGAAAAUCAAGAAACAUACACUACAUGUGAUGAAAUAAAAACAAAUUGUUUCAUAACAAAAGGAGAAAAGAAAGGCGAUAUCAUACCUACACUACUGAACAGAUAUAGUAAUUUAAAACGUGUAACACGAGUACUAGCGUGUGUACUACGAGCUGUGCAAAUAUUUAGCAUUCAGAAAAGAAAUAAUGCUAUUAAUAACUUACCCAACUGCGAAAAAAGAGUGUUGCCUUUAUCUCCACAAGAACUAACUACUGCGACUGAACGAAUAAUUAAAGAUGUUCAAGAACAAUGCUUUAGCGAAGAUAUUGAGAGACUAAAGAAAGGCAUCCCUAUAUCACAAAAGAGCAACUUAUUAAAACUGACUCCUUAUCUCGACGAUAAGGGUCUCUUACGAGUAAAGGGACGCCUAACUAACUCAAUGUUGCCAACAGAAUCCAAGCAUCCGUUCAUCCUUCCCGCUAAAGGACGAUUGACGGAGCUUCUAAUUCAAGAAGCGCAUAUCAUCACUAUCCACGGCGGUGCACGUCUCACUCUAGCACAACUACGCUUAGAGUAUUGGAUUAUAGGAGGAGGCAGUACUGUCAAAAAACAACUAAGACAAUGCGUGAGAUGUCAUCGUUACAAGCCGCACCGAAACACACAACUCAUGGCUGACUUGCCAAAGGAAAGAGUCACACCAGCAAGACCUUUCACGAACACCGGUGUGGACUUCACUGGCCAUAUUGAAAUAAAAAUCAACAAGGGCAGGGGAGUCAAAACGUGUAAGGCUUAUGUAGCAAUUUUCAUUUGCAUGGCAACAAAAGCCGUGCAUUUGGAACUUGUUUCUGACCUAACAACACAAACGUUCCUAGCUGCUUUCAAGAGAAUGUGCGCACGGAGAGGUACACCACAAAACGUCUUUUCGGAUAACGGCACGAACUUUGUAGGUGCCGCCAAACAGCUGCAACAAGACUUUGAACUUAACAAAACUUUCCUAGCUUCAGAAUUUCAAGACAACAUGAGCAACUUACGCGUACAAUGGCACUUCAACGCACCUCUGUGGCCUACAGCAGGUGGGCUCUGGGAGGCUGCGGUAAAAUCGAUGAAGUACCAUCUUAAGCGAGUCCUCGGCGAGCAAAAGCUCACAUUUGAGCAAUUUUCAACGUUGCUGGCGCAGAUAGAGGGCUGUAUGAACUCGCGCCCCUUGUGCCCACUCUCGGAAGACAUCGAAGAUCUGGAAUACUUAACCCCAGGUCACUUCCUCGUCGGCGGACCGCUGCUGUCACUACCACAGCAAGAAGAAGACUUCAACCAGUACGACUUGAGAAACAGAUGGAGACUUGUUGAACAAAUGAACAUCCAUAUAUGGAAACGAUGGUCCAGCGAGUACCUCCAUCAACUCCAGGAACGCAGUAAGUGGCAUCAUCCAACAAAGAACUUGGGAGAAGGCAACGUAGUACUCGUGACAGACGAAAACUUGCCUCCGGGGCAGUGGGCUCUUGGUAGAGUGACAGAACUCCAUCCAGGAGCGGAUGGCAAGGUUCGGGUGGUCACUAUAAAAACUAAAAAAGGACACCUGAAACGACCUAUUACGAAACUAGCACCGCUGCCGCAACAAGAUGACCUGCAAACUAACUUACAAACUAAAAAGAAAGCAGAAGAAAGCGACACCCCUAUCCUACAAAAAACAAAUAAAAAGGGGAAGAAAACUAUUUGCAGUCUAUUCACAAUACUGCUUAUGAGUGCUGACAUAGAUGUACCAACAAUAAACUCUUCGAUUAACAACAUGUUCAACUUAAAUUGGAACAAUGCCCAACUAAACAUGACGGAACUCAAACCUACAUCAUUGGACUUCGGUAAGAUUGAGCAACAACUGGCAUAUCAGAAGCAAAAUGAGAAGCUACCAAUGACGUCACACUUAUCGGUUCACGACACUUACCUAUACUCCGUCACAACUUUGCUGUUGGGAGGAAUGCUUACAGCAGCCCUCUAUUUUUACAUUAAAAAGAGGUGCAUAAAAAGAAAAACUCCCAAUUCAUCCUCUAAAACUUACAUGAGAAACACGGAACCAGAUAUAGAGUUGCAAGAAGUACGCAAUCCGACACCAGCGGAACCUGUCUAUAGCGAAGUGAAGACGAAACGUUCAGAAUUUAACUUUGACUAA